UUUAAAUUUUUUAAAAAUUUUAAGUGGAAUAUGAAGAAAGUAUGGCAUAAACCGUUGCACACACGCAAAAAAUGGAAAGAAAUGUCUGUAGGCAGAAAAGUUAUUUACUAUAUGCGUCCAUUUGUUGAAAAUCUCAUUGAAGUGUGGUUGGAACCCUUACCAUUUCCCACAAUUUUCAAAAUAUUUUACACGUGUGUUAUAAUAUUUUUAUUUUUCCUGAUGCUGCCAAUAUUAUAUCCUAUUAUUGUAGUCAUUUGUUUUUAUGGUCUGCUGCAAUAUUUUGUACAAAGUACCUUGCAGUUGGAGUUUCCCCGUGGUCUCAAUAUAAUUGGCUUUGUACAAUAUAUAUUUGCUUUAAAAAUUUCAAAUGAAAGCUAUGAAGAAAUCUUAAAGUUGUAUAUGGAUAAAUAUCGUUAUGGCAUUACCGCUUUGGCUUCAUGCGUCGAUUACAUUCGUUUGGCCAUAACAGUAUUUUGGGAAUAAAUCGCGAUAACUAAAUUGUUACAUGAAUUGUUUUACAUUUUAUUUCAUCACUAUGCAUUUUG